UUAUAUCAUAUUACAUUAUAUCAUAUUACAUUAUAUCAUAUUAUAUUAUAUCAUAUUAUAUUAUAUCAUAUUAUAUUAUAUUAUAUUAUAUUAUAUUAUAUUAUAUUAUAUUAUAUUAUAUUAUAGUAUAUUAUAUUAUACUAUAUAUUAUAUUAUAUUAUAUUGUAUUAUAUAUAUAUAUUAUAUUAUAUAUUAUAAUACUAUGAGAGAAUGGUGUACCGCGAGUCAAAAAAAAAUGUAUCUCAAAAAAUGGUAGAAUACUCGUAGACCGGAUGUUCGACAUUUUUAUAGAUUAAUCUAUAUACACAAAAAUCGGUCUAGGACUAAUCUGCCAACAAGAUUUGGGCCUAAGAUGUAUGUAUAAUUAAUUAUACAAAGAAAAAGAAAAAGGGAAUAGAAAGAAAAAGGAAAAGUGAGCAAGAAAAGUGUGAAAGAAAAAAAAAGAAAAAGAAUAUUAUUAUUAUUAUUAUUAUUAUUAUUAUUAUUAUUAUUAUUAUUAUUAUUAUUAUUAUUAUUAUUAUUAUUAUUUGAAGGAACAAAAAUAAGGCGAACAUGGACGAAUUAAAUAAUGAACGAUUAUUAUUAUUAUUAUCAUUAUCAUUAUUAUCAUUAUCAUUAUUAUCAUUAGCAUUAUCAUUAUCAUUAUCAUUAUUAUUAUUAUUAUUAUUAUCACCAUUAUUAUUAUUGUUAUUUUUUAUUUUUAUUAUUAUUAUUAUUCUUGUUAUUAUCAUUCGUAGGAUGAAAUUACGGCAGGGAAGGAACGAAAAGAAAUUGUACUCUUUGCUAUCACUGCUGAAAAAACAAAAAUCAAUAGAUAAUUAUUUAGAUACUGUCUGCUAAUUUUGAUCGAAAAGCGUAAUAAAAGAGAGAGAAAAAAAGAGAGAAACGCUAUUUACUGUAUAGAGAAAGAUUAAAAAUAUAAGAUAUGUUGCAUAUUGUAAAAAAAAAUCAGUCUAUGUGUAUCGUAUACAUAUAGACAAUCGCAAAAUUAGCAUUAAAAAAAAAAAUGGGUGAAAAAAAAUAAAAAAAGAAAAAAAGAAUAAUAUUAAGAUUAAAUAUCGAGCAAACGCGAACAAACAUGGUGUUAAGAAAUAUAAAAAAAAGAAAAAAAAGAAAAAAAAAGAAAAAAAAAUCGUGCGGCUAUUCGAGAUGCACACAUUAUUUACUAAGCGACAAGAGUGAGACGCGUAAUUAAGCGAAAUUAACAAAAACGAAAGCAACAAAAAAAAUAAUAAUAAUUAACAUACAAAAAAGGCGAAGUUAGUUUUUGUAUCGAUAUCGAGAAAUAGAUUUCACAAAAGUAGCAGAGAAACGAGAACAUGAUCACAAGGAUCCGGUGAAAUCGGAAAUGGUACCGUAAAUGUGCGUGUGCAAUGCAAUUCAAAGAAAUCGAAGAGUCAACAAAUGGAGAUUUCCAAAAAUAAAAGAAAAAGAAAAUGAGAAAAGUAAAAGAAGGAAAAAUAAAAAAGAUACAAAGAAGAGUCAUCGAAAUAGCCUUCAAUUUUCUCGUGAGAUCGAUGAUGGAUAAUGAAUUGCGAGAUGGUGAACGAUUGAAAUAUGAAAUAAAUACAAAUACUUGACUGUUCAAGAAUAUAAAAAGUAUAUACAACACAAAAAAAAAAGACUGUAGCACUAUGAAAUGUAUAUCUCGGAUCUUAACAUAUCAAAUGUCUCGUUUUGACUAUAAUUACGAGUUCAUUCGCGGCAAGAUUUAUCGCUGAACAAUUAAUAACUGAUUACCCAUGUUUCAAAAUACAGUACGUAUUUAGAUAAGUUUGGUGAUGGGUCGAAAUUUUUUUUUUAAAUCGUAUUUAAAAUUGUUAUUUAGUAUAUCAAAGAGCAAAUAGAAUGAUUCAUCUUAUAAAUAUAAUAGGAAAAUUCGAUAAAGAAAAUUAUUUUAAAAGUGAUGAUUGAAUGAUUCUAAAUUUAUCCUUUGAUUAAUAUCUUAAUUUAUUUUGUUAAUAUUUUUUAAAAUUAAUUCUAUUAUAUAUUUUAAUAUUCACACUUUUAAUAUACGUGAUUUUUUCUUUUUUUAGUUUUGAUUUUAUGUUAUAUUUUGUUAAGACAUUAAAAAAUAUUUAUUGAAAUAUAAAAAAUGGUCGUACGAAUGAUCAUUUUUUUAGUUUUUCCACAAUUAGUUUUACACAAGCCGUAUUAAUAUUUAACAAUAUAUAAAAUCUUGAAACGAAAAAAUCUUCUAAAUAAAAGUUUUAUCAACAUAUGAAAAUUAUUAUAACUUUUUACUGAAAUAGACAAUAUCAAUAUUCUAUCACUAAUUAAAAAAACUUUUAAAGAAUUUUCAAGAUUCUAUACAUUCCAAAACUUUCUAGAUUCAAUUCUACAUUUCUCUAGUAAGUUAAACAUAGAAGUUUAAAAUUUUAUUUCAAAUUUUUAUUUGUAAGUUUAGUUAAAUGCUAUCUUAAUAUUAAUAUUCAAUAAUUUUGUAAAAUAUCUAAUCAAACAUAUAAUUUUAUUUUUCAAAUAUUCCUCAUCACCAGACAACAAUUCCAAAAAAUUUGCUCUCCACAAACCUCUCCACUAUCUAAAUCUCGCAAUUCACCUAUUAUUCUCAAAAAAUAAAAAAGAAAAAAUGGAAAAAAAAGAAAACAAUUAAAAUAAAAUUUCGUUUUCGACGUUAUUGUAUUAUUAUGGCUUGCAAGUUCAAUCUAUCAAGAUCUAUCGAAUCAAGAGAACAUAGUCGAGUUAAAUCAUAGCAAUGACAAUGUAGACAGACAAAACAUAUAUAUCUAAAUUUAAAAAAAAAAAUAAAACAUUUCCGUUUCCGGUUUCAAGGAUCGAAUACAAAACUAUUUAAAAAAUGAAGAUUAUAAAAAUAAAAAAGAAAAAAAUGCUAACGAUCGAUAAUGAAACAUGUGACUGUCCAAUGCCAAGUAGAAUGCUAAGCUUCGUUAGACAGUACACUGACAAGCCGUUUUUCGGUGAUCUCUACAGGGUGACACUUAACAAUGGUUUAAAUUAUAGAUGUAUUAUAGAUUACGAAUAGAUGACAACAUUAUCCCGAUAAUCAAUAAUUUUACUCGAAUAAAUACACAUUAUACAUACACAUGUGCAUAAGUGAUUGAAACAACGAAAUCGAAGAUAUUAAAGUUCGUUAUCACAGAUCAAUUGACAUGUCGACCGCCUUGUAGAUUGUCAUUAGUAGAAUUUAGCCGCCGUAAUUUAUCUCGUUAUAUUCCUCUCAUUUUCUCGAUAUUUUGAUCUGAUUAGAUAAUUAAUUCUUUCAUAGUAUAAUAAUAAAACGAAAAACGUAAAAAUUAUUUUAAUUCAAAAAUUUUAAUAAUAAUUUUAAUAAUAGAUAAUAUGAUAAUAUAUAAAUUUUGAUGUUCUCAAUAUUAUUUUUGUUUAUAUGAGAUAAGAAUGAAAUUAGCAUAUAAAAAAUUUAAUUUAACAUAAAAUAUAAUUUAUAUAUUAAUAUUAUUUGUUUCGAAAAGAUUAAAGAUAGAAUCAUAAUUCUUUUACAUCGGAAAAUUCUUAUUUUUAACAAUAAUUUUUAUCAAAUUUACAAUUAAAAUUUUGAAUAAUAUAAUAGCGCUUUGUUAUUUAUAAUCCUUAAUUAAUUUUCGUGUUACGCUAUGAAAGAAUCAAUAAUUAAAAACUCAAAUUAUUUUUAAUGUAACAAGCAAGAUAGAUACAAAUAGAGAUCAUCGUUAAAUCAAUUUAGAAGUGUGCCACCGUGUAGAAAUCAUCCUCGUCGUGCGAGAAAUUUACGUAGUAGCGCCUUGUAAAAAAAAAAAAAAACACAAAGAAAACAAAUGUAAUAACAAAAAAUAAUAAAAAAAAAAAAAAUACGAGAGAAAGAAUGGAUGUACGAUUGAACGUCUGAAAAAGAGCGAAAGAGGACGUACGUGAUUAAUUGAGAGAGAAAGAGAGAGAGAGAGAGAGAGAGAGAGAGAGAGAGAGAGAGAGAGAGAGAAAGAGAGAAAGAGAAUAAAACAUUACCCUAGCGUCAAUUUUCUACGAAAGAGUUUUCUACAAAAUUCACACCAUAAGCGUGCAUCUUGGUUGUAUCGCGCUUAUUGUAUGAAUCUAUGUAAGUAUGUAUGCUACACGCAAGCACUGGUACGAAUCUCUUGACGUUUUUCUAAUUAGACAUCGUUCACUAAGUUUGUUACAAAAAAAAAAAUAUAAAAUAUAUAUAUAUAUAAUAAUAAAAACACGUUUUUCGCGAAGUUUGCUGAAUAAAUCAUCGACGAUUUCGUUCGAUAUAAAAAUCGACGAGAACGCGCGAUGCGAAGAGACAAGGAGAGAGCAAGAAAAAUGAAGCGAGCGAAAGAGAGAAAAAGCGAGAGAGAAGAAUGUAGCCCUAUAACAAAAAAAAGCAAGCGUAGUAGUGGAUAUAAAAAUUAAGAGCUCAUAAUAGGUGCUUGUUCAAGAUGCACUAAAUAAUUGUAAAAGCGAAUAAUAUGGAAUCAGAUAAAAAGAAAAAAAAUGAAGUCAAGCAAUUAACAAAUUAUCAUUCAAUUAUUGAGUUCCGUAUCGAUGUUUAAAUUUUCGCACUCGACGAUGCUCCUUUAGUCGUGUCUUUAAUCCUCGAAUCUUUCACUUUAAAAUUUACAAGAAAAGAAAAAAAAAAAGAAAAAAUAUCAGAAAGAUAGUAAUUUUUAUUCAUAGAAUAUAAAUAGGACUUAUAGUAAUUUCGACAAAGAUUUAUUCCAAUAGAAAACAUAAUUAAUCGAACAAAACAAAUGAAUCGAGUGCGCAAAGGAUUAAAGAUCGAUCGAAUAUUUCUGUCAUUCCAGAAUGAAUCGUUCUAAUCAUUCAAAGAGAUAGAAUUAUAAAAAGUGAUAGAUUAUAAAAAAUAUGUUCGAGUUAAUGCAAUGUUUGCGAUUGAUAAAAAUUAAAAUAUGUACAUUUUCAUUCUAUUGUAACUCUAUUGUAACUCUGUCAUGUUAUGAAACUCAAUGGUGUAGUUUCGACACAGAAUUUGUAUUCCAAAACUCGAUCUGAAUUAUUUAUAUAAUAUUACAUUUCGAUUCUACUUAAAAAAAAUAUUUCGUUUAUCUCUUCAUUAUAGUUGACUCUCUAGUCGUUUUUCUUUUGUGACUUUCGUUUUAAUCUAUCUAUUACGAGAAACAAAUCGACAAUUUAAUUUAAAUGAUUUUUUAAAAAAAAUCUUACAUUUGUAAGAUAUGAGAAAAAUGUACUAAUGAAUUUAAAACUUUAUUUAUUAAAAUUUAACUAUUUAUUAAUUAUUUAAAUAAGAAAUAUUCUAUCAUAUGAAAUGUUCGCCUUUAAUAAACUGAAAUAUCUAAAAUUUUUCUUUUACAUAUUAAAUUAAUAUUUAACGAACAGUUGAAAUGCAGAUGGCAACUAGAGAGUUAUCAUUAAAUUAUUUUAACUAAAACUAUAUUCACUACACCAUUGUUUUCAAGAGUGAUUCAAUCGCCUGUCAAAAUUAUGUUUUGCGAUUAUAAAGAAACAAAAUAAAAGAAAAAAUAUAUAUACACAUGUAUUCACAUACAUGUAAGUGUAUACAUGUAAUACAUGUAAUACAUGUAAAUGUAUGCGCGCGUGUGUACGAUAAAGAUGAAUUCCGUUUAAACUAACUCGUUAUAUUUAAAAAAAAAGCAAAUAAGAGAUUUAAAUUGAAAUAAGUAAGGGUUGGGAUUUAAUCGAAAUAAUUUUAUCAUCCAUAACUUGUCACAUGUACACACAUAUACAUACAUAUAUACACAUUACACCGAUGAAAGUUUUUGUGUUCGUUAUGUCGGUGUAAACAAGGAGAAAUGAGGGGAAGAAAUUAUGACCACAUCAAUUAUAAUUCCAUUAUAGUCGAAAAAUAAAAAAAUGAAUUAAAGAAAAAAAUAAAAUAAAAUAAUGCGUAUGAAAAGAUUCUAUAGCGAAGGAAUACAUUAUAAUUCUUCAGAUACAGAUUCUACAUAUACGUAUACAUCUUCUUAUUUCCGAUUCUCUAGCCUGCGAUUAAAUAUAUUUUAUUAAAGGAUAAUUAAAAAAAAAAAUUAAUUGCAGAAAUAAUCGAAUAACGAGCAUAAGAGUAAAGAUGCAUGCAAAAUAGAGAGUAUAAAAAAAAAACAAUUAGUGGCCGCGGAUUAUAAGGCGCAAUUGAAUUAUACGCGAAAUAAAUAAAACUACAAUAAAAAAAUAAGAACAAUUACAAUUAAUGAAACAAGAAAAAAGAAAAAAAAGGAAAAAAUACGAAGCAGAUUAGUUCUUUUUCUAACGAGCGAAUCGUUUUUUAAGUGAACAUGUAGCUGGCUAAUUAGAAAUUAUAUAACUGGCCAAUAUACUUUUAUAAAUUGUACGAAAAUGAAAAAAACAGAAAACUAUAAGUAUUCACGCGCGUUUAGACAUCAGCACUUUUAAAAUAUACUUGCCAUAACGAAUGCCUUAGCAAAGAAAUAAAAAAUUAUAAAAAAUAAAAUAAAACAUUACUGUACAUUGAGAUAUGAUGACGAGAAAGGAAUAUACAUAUACAUAAGUAUAAUAAGUAUACAUACAAUGUCAUACACGUAAAUAUGCAUAUACAUAAACAUAUACAUAUACAUACAUACAUAAAUAAAUGCCAGAAACAAAUUAACAAACGAGCCAAAAAAAGCCAAUGCACAUCAAAGAUAAUAUUAGAGGAAAUAAAAGUGAGACAUACGUACACAUAUACACACCUACAAUAUCUUUACGCGAAAAUGUAUAUCUGUAUAAAAUGUACUUGUGAACACUGCUCCUUGUAUGUUUUAUACAUUUUACAAUUAUUAUUUAAGAAAAAAAAGAAAAUGAGAAAGAAGGAAAUAAAAAUGAUUAUAAUCAUUUAAAUUAAGAAAUGUGUAAAAGAAAAUACGUAUACAUAUAUACAUAAAUAUACAAAAAAAGAACAAUGUAUAUGAAAUCUCUCAGAAGCGCAUUAAAAUAAAAAGAAAAAAGUAUAAAGAAAAAGAAAAAGAAAUAAUGAUGCAAAGUGAGAAUAUAUUAUUAAAUGUAUUUAGAUUAAGAUUGAAUUAUUAGGGAGGACGAGAGAGAAAGAAAACAGAAGAAGAAAAAACGAUCAUUAAAUCGUGUACAUAAACAUCGUUGGCAAUAUUCGACUUCGCCCGUCCAUUUAGUUUCUAGACCACAAGUCUCUACGAAUUGUUCCUUUCAAGCCAGCAUCGAAUAGGUCAGAAACGAUUGAAGAUAAUUUACGCCUGUAAUUCUUAUUAAUCUUAUCGUUAAACACAUUGACAUAAUUUAGUCGAAAUGUUUCCUUCUCGAACAGAGAAUAAUUAUAAUAUUUUAAAAUACAACAUUGUUUAUGUUUAAGAUACACACUUCCAAAUACUCCGAGCAUUUAUUUUCUUUUUUAUUGAUGAUUAAUCUAUUCAUUGUUUUAUCUCAUAAUUACUAUUGCCAUCAUCUUUGUUUUUUCAUCAUUUCAUUUUAUUUCAUUUCAAUUUUCACUUCAUUGAGAUGUAGGUAUUUUUUUGAAAUGAUCGAGUUUUACAUGUGGCGUUAAUAUGUGGUUAGAGCGAUACAAUAAUAAAAUUCAAUCAAAAUGAUUAAAAUUAACGAAUAAAAUUUAACGACACGAUACAAGAUAUGUAAUGCUAAAUAUUUUUAAAAUUAUUUUAAGAUUUAUUAUUGUUUUCUUUUCUUGGUGAAUUUAUUAAUCUUUUAAUAUUUUAUUACCAUUUUUUUAACGAUCCCAUUUAAUUUUAUCAUUGUAAUUUCACUUUAUUUUUCUUAUAUUUUUAUUUAAAAAAAAGAUGCGUAAUCUUUUUCAAAUUAAAAUAAAAAUAAAAAUAUGUGAAAAAUAUUUAGUAUAAUUUAUGUUAGCUUUAAAUUUAUAUUAAAGUACAUAGUAAUUAAUUAUUCCUCCACUGUAUGCCUUUCAAGUAUGGAAAUAUUUGAGACUUGUGUUUUUAAUUGCUAACGAAGGAUAUUCCUACUGAAUAAUUGUACAAUAUACGAACAUCUUUACACGCAUUUCAAGUACUCACAUUCUGUACAAAAAUUUAUAACUACUAACUAAUAAACAAAUUUCGGCAAUGAGUUAAUUAAAUAGUCAAUUUCACUUUUAAUUUUUUUGUUUUUUUUUCUUUGAUAAAACAAUUGGUUAAACUAUAGAUAAAUAAUACAAAUUAUAAGAUGUGUAUGACAUUGUAGAAUUUAAAUUCGAUUAUCGAUUGAUAUCGAAACGUUCGAGAACAAUGUUAGAGAAAAACAAUGACGAUUCAAGUAGUUCUGAAGAUGAAAUAUCAAAAAAUGCAAUAAAAGAAGCAACUGAUCAUCAACUUUUAAAAGAACACUAUUUCUCUAAUGAAAAAUUUAAAAACGCAGAUGUUUCUAAAAAACCGAAUGAAUGUAAUUCAAUAGAAAUUAAUAGUAUAAUAAAUCCCAUAUCAUUAAGAAAAAAAUUAGAACAUGAAGAUACAUUUUCCAAUUUUGGUGUGACUCCAACAUUUCAAAAUUAUGUUGCAAAAAAAUUAGAUGAAAUUAUAGAAAAAUCUAUUAAAAUAAAGAAGAAAAAGACAGACAAUAUUAUAAAUGAAAAAGAUAAGGAAAGUAAUAAUUAUGGUAUAAAAUUGCUCAAUUCUUCAUCAGAGUUUUUAACGCUUGAAGAAGAUCUUCCAAAGUUUCAAAAGAAAAGAAAAAUAGAAACAAAUAUAGAAGAGAAAGCAAAUUUAUUAAAAUGCAAAGAAGUGGCUGUAGAUCCUGAACAUAUAUUAUCAAAAAUAGAUACAAAAGCUUGGACAAACAAACGAAAAGAAAUUGAGUUCAAUUAUAAGAAACUGAAAAAUGGUACUUUAAUCGAAAAACCUAACAAUAGGUUAGGUUCGUGAUACUAUUACUUAUAAAUUAAUUUAUAAUGCAUAUAUAUAAAUAAAUGAAUUUAUAUAUAAAUCUUAAA